UGUUUUGCCAACUGGACAAAAUCCUGUCACUUGUAAAAAUAAUGCAAUUUUCUUAUUGUUUACAUCGCUUAUUACUAUUUUUUUCCGUUUCAAUACUUUAGUGUGAUAUGUGACGCUAGAAAUUCACGGUAAAAAUGUCGUGGCUUAACUUAAAUAACAGUUUAAACAGUCUUAAAGGCCAGUUAACAAAUUUCGCAUCUGAAGUGUUAUCUGAGAGUCCUGCACAGGAUAUUGCUGAUGAAAGUUUACAAGAAGACUUUUCUGUGAAAGAACUAGAGGAGAAAUGUCGAAACCAAGAGCUCGAGAUUGCAUCUCUAAAGAAGUCAGUUGAACAGUUGCAAUCUUCUUUGCAGUCUGAGAAGCUCAGUAGAAAGAAUGGCGUCAAGGAAGAAGAGUCCAGUUGGUACUGGGACCCGCCGCCCCAAACGUCGAAAAUAUCAGAGCAUGACCACGAAAGGAACUACAGAAAGCAGUUACGAGAAUCACAAGAUGAUACCCUGAAGGAAAGAGAUACCAUUGACCUCAGACCUGAUAAUGAAGUCGAAAGACUGAGAGAAGAAAACAGAAACCUUACGUCAAACUUAGAAGAUCUAGACAACCAACAUCAACAGGCUAUGGAAAGACUUCUCACAUUGAAAAGAGAGCUGCAGUCUAAUUUCGAAGUUUUGAAAGAAGAGCAUGAAGAUCUCAAAACUACAAAUGAGGAAUAUGCAGCCCAAAAUAAGAAGUUAUUAGCGACUAUUGACGAUCGGGAAAAAGAGUUGGAUAAUGCUAAGGCAAUUAAGGCUGAUUACGAUACCUUGCAACAUAAGUAUCAGAAUCUAGAGAGAAUACAUGGUCUGCUCAGAGAGAACGCUGAAAAAUUCCAGGAAGAAAAUCAAGAAUUACACGAGGAAGUAUUUAAGCUCCAAGAACAGGUAACAAAGUUAGAGCAUGAAAUAGAAGUAGCUAACAAGCGUUUAGAUGUAUCAGAUAUGGUUCCAAGAGAAACUUAUGAAGAGCUUCUGAAAGAAAUUAAUGAAUUGAAGGAUAGGAGAAAUUCAAAUCAAAUCCAUUUAGAUGAAAUCAAUAUAGAUGAUAAUGCUAAAGGUGUGAUUGAGACUCUCAAACGAGAUAUUAGUGAACUGAAACAUAAACUAGCUCAAAAAGAAAGUAGCUGUCAAGAAACUGUAGACAAUAAAACAAUAAAACCUGAAAAGAUCAUGCAAUUGUACAACAAAUAUGUAAACUUUGAACUUCCUAUUGAUUAUGUUGGCGAAAUACCAUCAGCUGGUGAUAAUAUAGUACUCUUCAAAUUAGAAAGUGCUUUCAAAACUUUACAUUCAUUUAAAAAAGAAAUAGAUGUUUUAGACCAUCAGUUGUCAGAGCAAAAAUUAAAUUCCAAUCAUCUUCAAACGCAAAUAGAUGAUAUAACCACAGAAAACGAUUUCCUAACUACUGAUAUACAACAUCUUGAGAGAGAACUGAAUGAGAUGAAGAAAAACAAUGAUUUCCUUAUCUCUGAGAUUGCAAAUCUAAAGAAUACGUCCAAGUUAGAACCCAUAAUAGAAACUCAUGAAGAUAACUUAGCAAAAUUAGAGACGGAACUUGCUGAUUCUAACAAACUGAAUAAAAUCUUUGAGGCAGAAAUCCAAAGGAUACUCAGGGAACUUGAUGAAGUAAGAACCGAAAAAACCAAGCUUCGUGAUUCUAUGCAUGAGUUGAAACAGAAAUAUACGACGAUGAUGGAUGAGUUCGAGAUGUUCAAAAAUCAAAGCAACGCAGUGGCAGAAUUAGAAAUGACCGUCAAUAAUAAGGAUCACGAAAAUAUUAAAAAGUCAGUAGAUGAAAUAGAUGACCUUAAAAAACGUCUAAACGCCUCAAAUGCUAAGAACGAGCAGCUUUCCAUAGAUAUACAUAUUUUAGAAAAUGAUAAAGUUUUACUAACAAAGAAAGUAGAUGAUCUCAAAGUCGCUUUAGAUGAGAAGUCUUAUGCUCACAAGGAAUUAGAAACAUUGAAGGCUACCUUGGAUCAUAAACUGCAUGACUUUGAAACUAAACUUGAUGACGUGAUAAAACACAAACAAGAAGUAGAGAGCGACAAACAUAAUUUGCAAGAAAAAGUUGCGCAUUUGGAAAACCAACUUACCAAUGCCAGUACAUCUGGUGAGGAGAAAUUAGCACAUAUGUCUACAGAAAAAAGUAUUUUAGCUGAAAAGUUGCAACAAGUUUCUAAAGAAAACGAGACUCUUGCAGAAUCUAUUGAUGUAUUGAAAAAAGCAAUCGCCGAAUUACAGCAGAAAGAGCGAGAGCUUUUGACAGAGAACACAAAUCUGAAAAGAGAUAUUAUAUCUGAAAAACAGUCCAAAGUUCAUGAAGAAACCAGCAAUGGCCAAAGAACUGAAACUAUUCAUCAGGAUAUUCUGAGUCUCAAGGAAGAAAAUAAAAAACUCCACGAAAGGAAGAUGGCACUUGAAGCUGAGCUGUCUGCAACUGAUAGUAAAAUUGUUCACUUGGAAGAUGAAUUCGAUAAAUUGAUAGGAGAUCUCGGCGAAAAAGAUUCCCUGAUUGACGGCCUUAAUAGUACUGUGCAGCAAAAUAAAAUUACAAUAGAUACAUUGAAUGCAAGUGUAGCUGAUUUGGAAAAGAGUGCAGCUACUAAAAAUGAAGAAAUACUACGCCUAAGGCAUUCAGUAGAACAACUUACACUGAACCUUAGCGACACAAGUUUAAUGGCUAAUCGAGACCAAGAGGAAUUCAAUAGGCUGCACGAUGAAAAAGAUGAAUUGCAUAAACAGAUUUUCUCAUUGAAUGAUGAAAUCAAUUUGAAGAAUAAUAAAAUAUCAACUCUCACGUGGCGUCUAGAAGAAUAUGAGAAAUUCUGCGAAGAAUACAAAGCAAAAAUAAGUGUGAUGGAAAAAGAAGCAAAAGAACUGACUCAACAAAUUCUUGAGUUGAAAGGAAAUGAAGCGACAUUAGAAAACAUAACACAUAAUGAGCAUUACAUCAAACUAUUACAACAGAAGGAAAGCAUCGAGACUGAGGUAGCUCACCUUCAAAGUGCUUUAACGGCUAAAGAGAAGGAAAUAGAAGAAGCGAAAUUUAACUACGCACAAUUAGAAAAAAUGGCAGCAGAAUACAAAUCAAUUAUAGACAGCACGCUUGCCGAAAAAACUGAGCUAAUUAACUUAAUAAACCUAAAACACAAUGAAAGCAUACAGUAUCAUAAUGAGAUUCAGAGGCUAAACCAUGUGAUUUUAGAACAGACAAGUGAAUUUAAGAAGGCCAUAGAAGAAAAGGAUCAUUUAGUACAAAAUUCAGGUAAUUGUACAAAUUGUGAGAAUUUAAGGGUAACGCUUAAAGAGAAGGAUGGAAUUAUAAUAUCUUUGAAUCAGGUUAAAACUGAUUAUGAUAAAGUCAUGGCUGAUCUGUUGAAUGCAAAUGAAACAGUUAAGAAUUUGACAGAGAAGUGUGACAGAUUAGAAAAGAAUUUGGCAGCGCAGUUAGAGACUGCCAAGAAAUUAUCGGCAGAAAAAUCACAGUUGUCGGAGCAAGAACAGAACUCGGUGAAGGAGUUGGAACGCUUGCGGCGCCACCUGGUGGAGACUGAGGACAACUAUACCCAGGAGUUGAUGGUCUCCGAGCAGAAGCUGACGGAGUGCCAGGCCAGGCUACACCAGGUGGAGGAACGGGCUAAACAGAAUAGUACUGUUUAUACUAGCAAUAGCAUCCGAGCAAACCAAGAGGUAGAAACCUACCGCAACCAGAUCAAACUCUUGGAGAAGCAACGCGAGGACGUGCAGGCGCGGCUGGGCGACGCGGAGGACGCGCGGUCCAGGAGCGAGGCGGCACUCACUAAUCUGCAGGUCGUGUUGGAGCAGUUCCAAUUAGAAAAAGAAAGAGAAAUCCACACAGCCACAGAAAAGAUCAGAAACAAACUAGAAGAAGUAAGACGAGAGAACAUAGGUCUUCAAGCAGAGAUCUCCCGACUGAACCUCAAACUCGAAGAGGCGUUAGCUGGUCUCCAAGCCGCGUCCAGACUUGGUGAUCAGGUGGAAACCAAGAGAGCUGAAAUCAAUGAUUUGAAGGAACAAGUCCGGACGCUCCAGACAUCAGUAGCGGCGGCUGAGGAGCGCUACUACAACGCCAUCUCCAACCAGCAGGAUAAAGUGGAUAAGAAUCUGGUGAAGAACUUAGUUAUCAACUACGUCAUGACUGCUGGGGGUAACAGUACUAAUAAAACACAAGUCCUCCGCGUCCUUUCAACAGUCCUGGACUUCAACCAGAGCGAGUGCGAGCGCCUCGGACUCGCCCGCUCGGCCGCCGCGCCCGAUAGCCUCGCGGCCGAGUUCGUCAAGUUCUUACAAAACGAGUCCAAGCCCAGGGCUCAGCUGCCCAACAUGAUGACGCUAGCUCAGGGUAACGGGAGCAGGAGCAAUACGCCUAGUUCGAGGAAGAAUUCUGCUAUAGGCCCGCCCCCAAUAGCUGCCAUACCGAAAUCAAACCACAGUCGCAACCCCUCAACCAGUUCAAGCAACCUUCUUUUCCAAAACAUAGACUCUAUAGAGACAGCAUCCCAGCUCUCGCGAGAGUCCGACCGAGAGCCGAGAGUCCUGACACAAAGUCUCGACACCGGUGUCAACCAAACUAGGAACACAGAGGGCGCUAUACUGAAAUCUGUACUGAAAGAUAUGUGAUUUUAAUAAAUACGUUUUGUAAGAUUAACCCGAACGAUGAUUAGUGUAAAUGAUGCUUUUGAAACUUUCAUUGAAGUCUAGAAUAUGCCAUUAAAAUAUCUACCUUAACAUUUUAAAAUAAGUUUGAAAAUUGCAUAAUAACUGUUGACAUGUUACUUUCAGGCGUUAAAAAUGUCAUAUUUUGGACUUCUUAUAAAGUUUCCUCUUCAGUAUGAAGGUUGAAUAUUUUGAGCAAUAAGAAUGAAUGAUUCUGAAUUCCAUACAAUAUACUCAUUCAUUUAUUUAUUGUUUUAAUUCCGUCUAAAUUCAUCAAUUGAUAGCAUUUUUAUUUUAAUCUGUGUAAUAUGUUCUUUAGUUGAAUAUUUUGUUAUUUUCAAUGCUCAUAAAAAAACGGAUCUGUCACUAGAAUCUGACAAUUCCGUAAAUACGCAAAAUCCGCGUUAAAAAUUUUGAUCCCAUUAAAGUACGUUUUUGGUAACUGAUAGAUUUCUCAAAACAAUAUAUUGUACAACACACUUUAUUUUAUGAUCAUAUAUUAAGAAAAUUAAAAUAAAUAAUGCUUUUAGGCAGUCGGAAUACCUUCUCAAACUUUCCAUUUUGCAAGGAGACAUUGCAAUUAUUCAAUAAUAAUGAUUAUAAUUACCACCUAGAUAUCCCAAUACAUGUUUGAUUGUGAAUUAUCAAUUUCCAAAAAUAUCUAACUGACAGAACUUUUAAAGUGAAAGACGCCAUUUUACAAGAAUCAUACCCUAUAUCCCCUAAUAUUGAAUUCCAUGACUAACUAAUAUCCAAUGUCCAAUUCUUGGUAAAAUAAUUAUUUUUGGAUAUUUUAGGGAUUGAUAAUUUCUGAUCGUAACAUGUAUACUAUAGGUAUUGCUCACGAUGUCACUUGCUUCAUAAGAUAAUAAAUAAAUAACUGAUGUACCAAAAAAUAACACGUGUUCGAAUUUACAACCUCCUUUUUGGGGAGUCGGUUAAAAAAUCACAAAAUGUACCUGCUGAAUCGAUUAUUUCUGACGGUCCUUAUACAUUAUUUAAUUUAAUUGAAUUAAUAACUUCACAAACGCAUUAUAAUAAGCAUUUAUAUAUCUGUGUAUAAAAUGUUCAAACGUCAUCCAUUUUAGCUUUUCAUUAACUUUCAGUAGUUUUAGUGUUUGUAUAGUUAUUUUGGUGCCUUAAAUAUCUUUUAGCUAGCUGCCUAGGAAGGGAAAAUAUACCUACCUAUUUUAUUUCUACUGAAAUAUCUGAUUUCUGUCUUUUUUGAAGAAUUUUGAACCUAAUGUCGAUAUUAUAAGGUUCAAUUUUUCAGUUUUAUUCUCUGUAUAACUUUCAGACUUGCCUUAUAGUAUUGUUUAGACAGUUGCAAGAAAAAGACAGUAGAUUUCUUAUUAAAUUGACCUCUAAUUCAUAUUAUUUUUUGACAUCUUUGGCGUUAUGAAAUAACAGAAGCGUACUCGAUAAAUUCAAUCAAUCGAUUUUGUCGUACGAGUUAGUUAAUCACUACUUUCACCGAAUUUUGGCAUCCCUAUUUUUGUAACUAUUCUUACGAUUUAAUCAAUUGAUAUCACGAAUGUUUUACUUUAUUUCCAUCAUCUUUUGAAGUCGAUUAAAAUUGUUAUCGAUAUGAAGUUUGCUUUUCUAAGGUUCCGUUAAAAAUGGUAGGUUUUCCCGUCGAGUCCAUCCGUCACACAGCUGAUAAUCUUAUUAAUUAAGUUGUAUAGAAUUGUACAUUGUGUAAUUAUAAACGUUAUUAUAUUAUUUGUAUUCAGUUCAAUCCGUAUUGUGAUCUAAAUGAUUUUCAGCAAAUUAUUCGUAUUACGUAUCUACUUUAUAGUUUUUAAAGUCGGAUACAAAAAUAUUGGUCGUAAUUUCAAUGAAGUAUUGUAUUUAAUUUUAAUUAUUGAUGAAAUAUUAAUCAAUUUGUCCAAUGAUUUUUUUUUACAUGAAACAUGACAUUUUAAAUAUAUCAAAAGCAAUAAAAUAUAGCAAUAUAUUUCUCCUGUAUUUUUGUAUGUGACUACUUAGCGAUACAAUUUGUAAAUUUUAAUUUGUGAAUAUAUUAUUAAAUACUCUAAUAUAUAAUUAUCUGUUAGUCACACCGCAGUCGGUAGCUGCCAAUAUUGUAUUCCUUUCAUAAUGAGGUAAUAAAUGAAUGAUUGAAAUAUA